GACUAGGGAACUGGUGAUCGUCAAACGUUUUCAUACAAAAGUAAGGUGUGUCAGAAGCGAGACAUUAUUCUUAAUUGAAGCGUUGACGCUGUUUUCGAUUCAGGUCCAGGUUUGUGCCCAUGUCGCGAGAGAGACAAGAGAAGAAAGAGUGGGACGUCCGGGCAUCCACGCUAGCCCGUAACACUCACAACACUAUCAGGAACAUUGUGGAAUGCUUAAAGGUUGAGCCGAAUCCGCAAAAAGAAUUAAUUGCUCUAUCAAUAGGUGACCCGACGAUUUUUGGAAAUCUUAAUCCACCCGAACAAGUAAUACAAGCUAUUAAAGAUAGCGCCGACCUACACACUAGUCGAGGCUAUGUUGCUGCUAAAGGACUUUUAGAAGCUAGAGAAGCUGUAGCGGAGUACAGCGCGCACCAAGGCGAUAUCAGUCCUGAAGAUGUCUUCCUGUCGAGUGGUUGUUCACACGCCAUUGAGCUUGCGAUCACCGCGCUGGCAGAUUCUGGACAGAACAUACUUGUUCCUCGACCAGGAUUUAUGAUAUAUCGUACUUUGGCCCAUGGAUUGGGAAUUGAGCUCAAAUACUACAACCUUUUGCCAGAAGAGCAGUGGAAAGUUGAUCUAGAUGACCUGGAGAGUCAGAUAAAUUACAAUACGGCAGCUAUUGUUGUCAUCAAUCCGUCUAAUCCUUGUGGAUCUGUGUACGAUAAAGAACACCUGAGUGAAAUAUUAGACAUUGCUUCGAGGAACUGUGUGCCUAUAAUAGCCGAUGAAAUAUAUGAACAUUUUGUAUUUUCUGGACACACAUACACUGCUAUAUCGUCUAUAUCUAAAGAUGUUCCUGUUCUCACAUGUGGGGGAUUGACAAAAAGAUUUCUAGUUCCGGGAUGGCGGAUGGGAUGGGUAAUCCUUCACGAUCGUCAUAAUAUUUUAGAAAAGGAGGUACGGAAGGGACUCAAUAAUUUAUCUACAAGGAUUCUAGGACCAAGCACCUUGAUACAAAGAGCACUGCCAUCAAUACUUAAGUACACGCCACAAAGUUUCUUCGAUGAAGUGCUUUUAUUUAUUGAGAACCAAGCAAAACUAGCGUACGAUGAACUGCGGCGAGCUCCUGGCCUAAAGCCGAUUAUGCCGCAAGGUGCAAUGUACAUGAUGAUUGAAUUAAAAAUGGCUUUGUUCCCUGAAUUUAAAAAUGAAUUCCAAUUCGUUGAACAGUUAGUGACGGAACAGUCUGUAUUCUGCUUACCUGGUAAAUGUUUUGAGUAUCCCAACUACAUGAGGAUUGUAUUGACAGUUCCUGAAGAAAUUUUACGAGAAGCUUGCCAGAGAAUUACAUUAUUCUGUACCGAACACGUGACUUACGAGAACAGAAAGGAAAAAGAAAAUGCAGAUAUAGCAGCCACAAACGAAAUUCCAAUUAUAAACAUAAACUUAUCACGUUUACCAUGAUAAACUAGAUUUAUUUUAAAUAAAUUUAUUAUUUGUUAAACUAUUACUUAGUCAAAUAUCUAAUAAAAUAUUACAUGUUUAAUACACACCUA